AUGCAUGUUGAGAAAAAUGUAUUCGACACAUUGGUGGGCACGAUUCUAGAUAUCGAGGGGAAGACAAAGGACACGAUCAAAGCUCGUCUUGAUUUGGAAAGAAUGGGCAUACGAAGGGGUUUAUGGAUGAAUAGGGACAAUGAUAAAGCUAGAAGGGAUCUUGCAUUCUUUUCUAUGAAACCGAAUGACAAGAAAGAGUUUCUAAAGUUUGUAUCGUCAGUAAAGUUUCCCGAUGGGUAUGCUUCUAAUAUCGCACGUUGUGUGAAUGUUGACGGGGCCUCCCCUCCUCCUAAACACAUGCUAGAGCUUUCACUUCAUAUACUGCAAGGUGAUUCUUGUUUAUGGCAAGGAGGUGCAGCUCAUUCUGGUGAAUUUGGAUCACCAGAAGAAACUAGUACAUUCAGAGUGUUCGAGAAGGCAAGGCUAGUGACUCUUUUGGAGUGA